GUUAACAACGUUGCGUAUACGCCUCGUCGGUCGCGCUGCAUGAGUGUUGGUGAGCCGUCGCCUACGUGUGUGCGUGUGUGAGUCUCUUUUUUCGAGUUCUCCUGAUAUUUACGAAUAUUAUUCAGCCGACUUCCGUUCUGAUCGCAUAUAAAACCGCGCCUGUGUGCGCGCCAUAUAAAAUCAUUUCUAAAUUUAUAAAAACAAACGCGUAUACACACGCACACUCACUCGCCGCCAAAGAAAUCAAUUUAAUUUGUGCAAGACGUAAUGCCUUAAGAUGUAUGUUUAUGCAUAAAUAUUUGCCAAAAGAGCACCCACACACAAAAACCAAACAAAAAUCAACAACCAAGUGCCGCCUAGCUGCUAAACAACAUUAAAAAAAGUGGGAAAUAAAAUUUCUUGAUUUAUUUUCGCCAGACAAAUGUCGAUAUAAACACACACACACAUUUCGAAAUCUCUUUGCUGCAUUUGAAUUAUAUUUAUUGUUUGCCUUUUUGUUGCUUUCUAUAUGAGUUUUGAACAUUGUUUAUUUUCACAUAAAUUCUUCAGUUGAAAGUGAAAGCGGCGUCGCAUCAUCAGCGUCGUGUGAAAUGUUGUUGCCGGCGAGUCGAGAUCGCAGAAUGGACAAGUUAUGCUAAUGGCCACGAAAUACCCCACAAAGAACUGACAAACAAAUGCAACAAAUCGGACGAGAAUCGGCAUAUCAAAAACCGAAAGCGGCAGUUAUCUAGGCAAAAUGCGCUUGCAACAUCGUUAUGCCAGCAAGCCAACUACAAAUUCGAGUAAUAAUACUACCAUAAGCACCGCCAGCAACGCCAGCAACAACAACAUCAAGCGGGCCAAGAAACUGAGUGGCCAGAACAUUAUCAAAUUGCGCUCCGCCAAGCAAUCGGGACCCAAAUCAACCUCCACCACAACAAUGCCACCAGCCACCCCACAGCCAUUGAGUCGGCACCACCCAAUCAUGAUGGAUAAGGAAUUGGAAUCGGCCAAGGAAACGGCGGUAUUAUCAUCGAAUAAUGACCAGAAGUUGAAGGAGGAGGACAUCGAGGAGACCACCAGUACGACGACCACAUCCGUGGAGCUGCGAUCCUCGGCCAGUUCGCAUUAUCGGGCAUAUACCACCAUUCGGAGCAAUUCGACGUCGGCGAUUCUGCACGAGGCGGUACUGCCGCCCCCGCUCACCCCCGCCGGAAUGCUAUACGCCCGCCCACGCACCCUCAAUGUCCACAAUGUCUGCCAGACGCCCGCGCAGAUAACGCAAAUGUUUUUUGGAGAAGUUCUGAAUGCAUGGCGAGCAAAGGCCAGAUGCAAUGUGGUACCCGACGAGCGGACACAGGAACUCUUCCACGAGCUAAGCUUCCAUCCUAGCCAAAAGCAGAUUAGCGAAAUGCUGCAGACUGCCAAGAAAGUGGCCCGCAAGGGAGGAAGUGGACAGGCAAAUGGGCUGACCUUUGGCCAGUUUUGUGUUUUGGCCGCGGAUUUGAAACGUUUCAGAGCUUCAACAAUUUCGAAUCAGCCAACGUACUGCGACUAUCAGUCUCUGUCCUCGGGACUGCUGCUCCCUGAACAAGAUGAUCCUGCCAACUCGUCCAAGCAAAAUCUUCAGUCGCCAGCGGCUAACAAUUCGUCACCUGCGUACAGCUCCAAGAAGCCGGAUAACCACGGUACCGAACUGAGGAGUACCAAGUCCUUUAGCAGUGUGGACGAUACCAAAAAGAAGAAGAACGCCACCAAUGAGCCCGUCGAGGUGUUCCUUGGCGGAUCCUGCAAUCCGACCACCUGGCGAGCCGACGUUGCCAUACCAGCCCUCAAGGAGCUGGGCAUUUCAUUCUACAAUCCUCAAGUAUCCGAUUGGACGCCCGAUCUCAUCGAGCUCGAGCAUCGAGCUAAGGAAAAGGCCCGUGUAUUAUUCUUCGUUAUGGAUUCGGAGACACGCGCAUCUGCUGGUGCCAUCGAGGCGGCACACAUAGCGGGUCAAAACUGCAAGCAGCUGGUGUUGGUUUUGCAUCCGUAUAAACCAAAUCAGAAGAUCCUCAAUGAGUCUAUUUCGCAGCAAGAAUACCUCGAUCUGAAUCGCAAUCAGUUGAUACUUAAGGAGCUGGUCUCCCGACGCGGUCUGCCCGUAUUGGAUAACAUACCACUGGGUCUGCAGCGCACUAAGGAUAUCCUGGGUGGCAUCAGGGAUCCACCGUCCAAAAUAUCUUCUAUUUUAGAUACCGUUCGCGGCGCCUUUGAUCGUGUUAAUCCGCUAAACGAUCUGCUCACUGUGGAACAAUGCAAACGUGCUCUCUUAUUCCUAGGCUAUGCUCAGAGUUUAGUUAAUUUAGACAAUCUAAAUAAGAUCAUUAUCAACCAACGCGAAUCGCUGAAAUUGCUCCAAACGCACAGUCCACGAGCUGUCGCCGAUGAUGCGGAUGUGGAUGCCGAUGGCGGCAACUGCAGCCAGCCCAUCCUGCCCAGCCAGGAGCUGAUCGACUUUGAUCUGUUUUGUGUGAUCUCGGCGUAUCUGUCCGUCCUGCAGCAGGAGAUCCACGAGAGCGGAUGCAUUUCGCCCAUCAAGGGCACCAAUGUGCCACCACCGCAAGUUUACUUCACCAACGCUCCCGAUGUGGACAUUUACUACUCGGCCAGCAAGAAUAUUUCGCGCACGUCGAGCAACGCCAGUGUUCCGUCCAAUAGUAGCAGUGGCAUCGGACACGACCUGGAGCGCCAGAGUCUCUUCGAGCAGCUCAGUCGCAGCCGGGACAGUGGAACUUCUUCGCCACAGCCCACCGGAUCGAGCAGUUUGGGUAAAAGCCCUCGGCCACAGAUCCUGCUAAACGUGGAGUCCAUCGAGACAACGGAAAUAAUCACCACUAAAACGAUAGAGACCAAGCCAAAUCCGGUCACUGCAUCAACUGUUGUGCAUGCCGAGGAGGAGGAGAGUGAUUCCAACGACUCGGUCUUCUCCAGCAGCAGCUCCAUAGCCAGUGCCGGCGAUGUACUCUGCUGCGGUGGUGGCUUGCAUCUGCGGGAUGUCUAUCUGGGCGGAAGUUGUGUGCUUCGCACCAAGUGGCGUCAGGAACUGGCCGUGCCCUACCUGCAGUCCAAGAGCGUCAGUUUCCACACCCCGGCGCUGCACGAGAGCAUCCAGCAAAUGAUUCUGAACCAGGAACAAAACCAGGAUCAGGCUCAGCAGCACACAGUGCCGCCGCAGGAACAGCAGCAACAGCAGCGUUCCUUUGUGCGCACUCGCCGAAAGUGCAGGGGCAAUCAGCUGCAGCUGGAGGAGCAGGAGGAGCUAACAGUGGCCGAGGAGUCACUCAGCUGGUCCCUACCACCGGUCGCCGUUCGUCAGAGCCUGUUCAAUCCAUCGCUGCUCGACUCCAGUCGAGUGCUGCUCUUCGUCAUCACCAACGAGACCCGUUCCCUGGCACCCAUGACCCUGGCCGCCCACUGCAUUGGCCUGAUGUACAAUGUGGUGCUGGCGGUGCAAAUGCUGCCCGAAGACUGUGUCCUGGGUGGCGAGAAGCUGACUGUGGCGGCCAUCAAGGACUACAAUCGCGGACGGUCGUACCUGAUCGACUUGGCCAAGAGGCAGGGUGUGCCCGUGUUCAGCGACAUCCGGGCAGCCCUCGAGUGCACCGUGGCCAAGGUGAAGGCGUACAACAACCGCGACCGCUGCUAAAUCGUACCUGUAUUUAAGUUCCAGCCCGUGACAAUUUAAGCUAAUGUCUAAGUCUAAGGCCUAGUGCAAUUUACGUUCUACUCUUAACCCCCACUAACUUAAAUGGUGUCUGAUCGUAUUCGGAGAACACUCUUCUACCUAGUUAACGCUAUACGUAAUAUUAUAUAGAAGAUACAAAUAACGAGUGUAAAACCACUAAAAUGUCGUCGCCCAGAGAGCGCAUUUCAUAACCUUAUGGAGAAAGUCAUGCAUUCAGCUCCCCUCUCUCUAUAAUCGCUAUAAGCUAUUUGCUUUAUGCUAAUUUAUUAUUUAUUUAACACCAUACACGUGGUACAUGUGCUAAAUUAAAUGUAAAUAUUCGAAGUGUACAAUUCUUAGUGCAUAUAUGUACAAUGGAACACCAACUAAAAUAUAUAUAUUUUAUAAUCAUAGUGAGCAUUCAGAUCUAAAAUAAUAUCUAUAUAAAAGCCCCAUCAUGUAUAUGUAUACCCAUAGUGACCCACUGUACCAGUUAGCUGGCAAAAAAUAUCUCAAUAAACCAAUUUUUCUAACAUUUGA